UGGUCCAGUGGUUUGAUGGCAAGUGACAGAAUGGGAGCAGGGCUCCGUCAGCCCACGGCGCCGCGGGACGGAGCAGGGACGGAGCUUUGGGAUAAAUCCAGGGGCCAUCCGUAUCCAUCCAGAGUGUGCCACUGGAGCCUGGCGCCCCUGAAAGCCCCAAAGCGGGGAUGGAAAAGGCUUCUGGGCAGCCCGGCGGAAGCGUCCCUGCCUGCGGAUGGAAGAAGAAAGGCUUUAAGGAGCAUUCCACAAGAAGAUGCUGGGAUUUGUUUGGAUGCAAGGCGUGACCCCUUGCAGGAGGCCCGGGAUGUGGGUCUGUCCUGCUGGAGAGCAGGCCUGGGGCAAAACACACGCAGCGUCCGCCCCGUGCCCUUGGAAUGCUCAAUCCCAGCACUGCGGCCGUAUCUGCCUCCAUUUAGGGCCUCGAAGUGAGGGGUUAACGCAGCUCGCAGCCGGCCCCAGCCGCGCUUUGUGGAGGAGAAGCAGAUGUGGGAGCGGGGAGGAGGCCGAGAGGGGCUGGCUGGGGCCCGGGGCUGAGCUCCCCAGCUGCGGCACCAGGCAAUCAGGGCUGCAAAUUGGGAUCAGAUGUGGGCAACUCCCCCCGUAAAUGCAGCACUCCGGGGCUGCUGGGGCUGGUUCUGCUCUGCCUGGGGAGGAGGAGGAGGGUUUUGGAGUGUUGUUGGGGCCCCGGGGUGGCUGCAGGGACCUCCAGAGCGCGGUGCUCCCGUUGGAGAGCUGUGUUUUCCUUGGGGAGCGUCCCUGCUGCCCUGCCCCUUCCCCUGCCUGUGCCGGGCUGGAGCAGGCUCUUCCCAGAGCAGGGACGAUGCAGGAGCUGGUGACUGGCGUGGAGAAGAUCAGGUUUGACUCCGAGGCUGAUGUGGAGGAGCUCCGAGCUCGGCCCCUGCCCUUCCCGGGGGUGGACGGUGUGCAGGGCCACCCCCGGCGCGGCGGGGCCAAGCCCGCGGUGUGCAAGCAUUGGCUGCGAGGGCUCUGCAAGCGGGGCGACGGCUGCGACUUCCAGCACGACUACGACGCCAGCAGGAUGCCCGAGUGCUAUUUCUACUCCAAGUUCGGUGAGUGCAGCGACAAGGACUGUCCCUUCCCGCACGUCGAUGCCACCGCCGGCCCCGUGGGCUGUCCCUGGUACGACCGUGGCUUCUGCAGGCACGGUCCCCUGUGCAAGUACAAGCACACGAGGAGGGUGAUGUGCGUCAACUACCUGGUGGGAUUCUGCCCGGAGGGACCCAAGUGCAAAUUCGUGCACCUCAAGGCCGGGCUGAUGACCAGCAGCACAGACCCGUCCAAGGAAGCCACGUGUCCGUGGGGGCUGGCACAGCGGGAUCUGGCCGCUGUAGAGCAGAGGGGAGGUGAGGACGAGCCACCCGAGGAGCCACCUGCUCGCGGCGCCCAGCGCCUGGCAGCUCGUCUGUGGGACGCCAGUGGCACACAGAGCCUGCUGGAAGGAGGCACCUGCUCCAAGAGCGGAUCAGUCAGCCCCUGUGCCGGUGAGAGCGGGAGGACUCCGCUGGAAAUGCUGCUGGGAAAGUGACUGCAGAGCUCCCAGGCGGCUCAGGGAAGGAGGAGGACACUACGGAGCACCACGGGCACGGCACCGGGGCAGCCGCUGGACUAGCAAAGCCAGCGGGGUUUGCCCAGCACCAGCUCACGGUUGGCACAGAAAUCACUUCACGCCAUGGAAAUCGGGACUUCCCACGGCUGGCUGCUCCCCCUGGCACCGCUGGCUGCGGGCAGGCUGGGGCAGCAGCGGCGUUCCCAAGGUUUGGAGGGGUGCGGGACUGGCUGGUGCCAGGAUCCUGGGCACAGGGGUGAGUUGAGGAUGCCCUCAUCCCUUGGGAAGGGGGCGUGAAGCACCACGUUUUCAGGUCACAACCCAAGCAGGAAAGGAAAAUCCACAGGGGUUUUUAUUGCUGGUGAGAGAGUUUUUGGUGCAACACCUCUGUCACGGCACUAGCGCACUCUGCAGAAUAAAGAGCUCAGACUUUUAA